AUGUCGACCAUGAAAGCAUACAAGUUGGUUGAAUGGGGUCAGCCCGGGCAGUAUGUCACAGUGCCGAAACCCACACCCGGACCCUUUGACGUGCUCCUGCGUGUCAGGGCCGUCGGUCUAUGCCGUUCAGAUCUCGACAUGAUGGAUAGCCCACCGGGAACGGACCCAUAUGCAUCUGUACUUGAGCCCGACUACAUCCUUGGCCACGAGACUGCCGGAGUGGUCGAGGAGUUGGGGUCAUCUAUAACCGAUCUGAAGGUCGGAGAAGGCGUUGCGGUUCAUCAUAUGCGUCAUUGCGGCUUUUGCGAAUUCUGCGAGGCUGGCAUUGAACAACACUGCGAAUACUACAAACGCGGUGAUAUCGGUAUGACAAGAGGCUGUGGCUUUGAUGGUGGCCUUGCAGAGUUCCUCGUGGUCCCAAGAACCGAGGUCGUUUCGAUCGGCGAUGGAGAUCCCAUCAUAUAUGCACCCCUAACCGACGCCGGUGUGACUGCUUACGCUGGCAUGAAAGGAUUCGUCUCUCAACUUCGUCCUGGAAAUUCGGUCGCAGUAAUUGGCGUUGGUGGACUAGGUGCCUACGCUGUGCAGUUCCUUAAAUUACUCACAUCCGCCCGAAUCAUUGCCGUCGACAAUGCAGACUCUAGGCUUAAGAUGGCAACUGAGCUUGGUGCGGAUGCUGAAGUUCUGUCGGACUCUAAUGCUGCAAAGUCUAUCCGAAGUGUCACGGGUGGCAAAGGGGUCGACGCUGUUUUAGAUCUUGUUGGGAGUGACCAAACGCUUCAGCUUGCUGCCAAUGUGAUUCGCCCCCAGGGAUAUAUAUCCGUGGUAGGGAUGCAAGGUGGCAGUGUGAAGCUUGGGUGGAAUCUCAUGGCAACAAGCUCGAAAUUCGCUCUGUCUUUGGGAAGCACACGCAAAGACCUCCGUGAAGUUUGCCAACUUGCCACAGAUGGCAAAUUGAGAAUCGACAUUGAUCGGUUUGACUUUGACCAAAUUCCAAAGGCAUAUGAGAAACUCAGGAAAGGUGAGCUCAAAGGACGUGCAGUGAUUGUCAUGCCCCAGUCAUAA